UCGGCUUUCACUAAUCGGUCCAUAAUUCAGUAUUUCGUGUUAAAUUUUAUCGACUUUACGCGAUAUAUAUUUAUAUUCGACGUGAUUAUCUCGUUUUACGUUACAAGUGUAAUCAUUUUCUGGAAAAAAAAAUUAUAUCAAAGCUAGGUGAAGAACAAUAUGAAGCCCGAAGAUGUACAGUGUACAAAUGUAAAGGACAACCCGUCAGAAAGUAGCAGCGACGAUCCCAGUACCAAGAAACUAAAGCAGAAAAAAGGCCUCCUGAAACUUCAACUCGGUAGAACAUUUAGUUCCGGAUCAUUGAAGAAAUCGAAAAGUCCUGGUUUGAGUUAUUCCGAGCAAAAUUCACCAAUGAGUUUGCCCAGCUCACCCCGAGGGAGCCCGAAUCACGGGAGUCCUGUUUUCCAAAAACCGAAAUCAAGAUCACCCUGGUACAACUUCACUCAACAUCGGAGUAACCGUUCACCAUCUUCCCCGUCAAACUCAUCCACAUCUUCGAGGUGGUACGGGGAGGGUUCGCUCCCACAGACCCCGAUCAGUCCGAUGGAAUGUUACGACAGGGAAAAAAUUGCAAGAGGAACUUUUACGUACGAAAAGACAAAGUCGAGGAGUUCGUGGGCCAGCAUCGGUGGCUCGCGACGAGCGUCUUCUUCGCUAUCGAAUUCACCCGUUCGCCAAUCUUUCGGUGGUGGAUCUCGCGGGUCCUCCGGUUCCGUACCUCACUCGCCGAUGACGCAAAAACAGAUCGACGAACUGAAAAAGCUUUUUGCCGAUCACAAGUCCAAAUCAAAGCACUCGUUGUACACUUCCGGCAAGUCACCCCGCCACAGGUCCUUCACUUCGCUCCCGAACUCUACCAGUGGAUACUUCAAAUAUUAUCCCAACAACUCGUCACCGCCUUCGCCCUCCAAUCAGAUUAUUCGAAAGAGCGCUACAUUCACCAGAAUUUCCACCGAAGAUCAGCUAUGGAGGCAACAGCUCGACCAAUCAGUUUACUGCACUUCUGAACCAAGAAGAACGGACGAGACGCAAAACAGCCGCGUUAAUUCAGACAAAGCUAAGGGAGCUACGCAGCCCGAGCACCUGUUCGAACUUCUUGAAAGGGUGCAGAGCUCGCGUCUGGAUGAUCAGCGUUGCGUUCUACCUCCAUAUUUCUCCCAGACGUCCAGAGAUGAGAGACCCACGUCGAGUCCGGCCGGUGGCAAUCAACCCCUUACUCCGACGCCGUCUCCGUCACCGGUCGCCGACGCUCCCAUCGGAAAGGCCCUCAUGGAAGCUGCGCUUCUUCAGGCAGAAACAAUACCUCCACCUUUGGUAGUAACACCUCCUGGUUAUUGGGUCGAUGGCACCGAUCAUCAACACACCCUGGACUCGUCCGGAAGAGCUUUGUUACCGGCUCAUCCGGCCUCGCAAUUACCAACAAUAGAUCAGGACGACACGGCCAAAUAUUACCGACGUUUUUACGUGGGAAGGGAACACAUGAACCUGGUGGGAAGGGACCCGGAUCACGGACCGGUACUCGUCUCGGUGAAGGCGGAAUCUGUCGCGGGGCAAGAACACUGGAGAGUACUCCUCAGACUCAGGGCCGGUUCGAUGCACGAACUCAUUCCAGCUACCGCUCUCGGACCAAAUCCCUCGCCCGUCAGGAUGGUCAAGAUGCUGAAAGACGGUCUGACCGUGAACGCGUUGUCUCCUGUGAUUUGCUCAGGAGCCGGUGCGAUGAUCGCUCGUUACGACGAACACGCUUUGGACACCAGAUUUAAAUUUGGAGUUCUCCAUCAGCGCGCCGGUCAGGUGACCGAAGAGAAACUUUUCGGUAACCGGCAAAUGACGCCGGCGUUUUCCGAGUUUCUGGAUCUCCUUGGCCAGAGGAUAAAGCUCAAGGAUCAUAAAGGGUAUCGCGGGGGAUUGGAUACCCGACACGGUCAAACUGGCGACUCCGCUGUAUACGAGGUGUUCAGGGGGCGAGAAGUUUUAUUUCACGUCGCAUCGCUGCUACCUUAUAGCCCCGGUGAUUCUCAACAGCUACAACGUAAACGUCACAUCGGUAAUGACAUCGUCGCCAUAAUAUUCCAGGAAGAACAAACACCCUUCAGUCCCGACAUGAUUGCCAGCCACUUUUUACACGCUUUUAUAGUCGUACAGGUCAUCGAUCCUUGCACACCGAAUACCAGGUACAAGGUAAGCAUCACUGCCAGAGACGAUGUUCCACCGUUUGGACCGGCGUUACCCACACCCGCUGUCCUAUUUAGGGGUGUCGAAUUCAAAGAGUUUCUUCUCACGAAACUCAUAAAUGCCCAGAGUGCAGCCUGCAAAGCUGAAAAGUUUGCUAGACUCGAGUUGCGAACCAGAUCAGCGCUCUUGGAAGCCUUGACCGAAGAAUUGCAGUUGAAGACUGUAGAUUUUCUCGGAGGAGGAGUUAUCCCGUGUCCAGUCAGUCCUGCCGCAAGUGAAGUCUCCGCGUCAGGAACCAGCAGUGGGAGCGGUUCUCGAUUCAUAGACACGGUUCGCAAGGCCCUGAUAUCGCGGGUGCGAAACGCAUCGACGGAUAACGUGCCGCAACAGCUCCCGAAAAAAGGCCAAUCCGAACCCAGCCCUCCUUGCAGUAAAUCGAGCAAACGUUCCAUCGAACCAACGAGUCCUCUGAGCUCGCCAGAUUUAACUUUGAGGAGAGAUUCGGACCGCGGUAGUCCCAGUCUCGGCAGUCAAGACAGCAGUCAUUCUACGACCGAGAAUCACGACAGCAGUUUGGCAACUUUGCAACACGACGACACCGACAGUAGACGCGAGUCUACGAAUAAUUCCGAUAAAAUUUCUUUCCAACAUUUGACACAUGAAAAUCUUCAUAAAAGAGAAGGGGGGUGCCCGAGGUUGACAGAGAAAUUUGAAACGCAUAGAGUGGUGUCGGAGAGCGACGAUAGUUCUUUGAACAGCGAAUUGGAACUCGACCAAGCCGUUUACCCCGACAGCGAUACCGGAUUGGAGUCGAUGAGCUCUGCAGAAACACACGAGGUCUCCCAGUGCCCUCAAAGAGGUGAACCCGAGGCUGAAGCCUUGAGGACAGAAGUCACGAGGCUCAAAUGCGACAAACUUGAUCUACUCAGGCAGAAUGUGACUUGCCAGCGGGACAUAAAGAGACUAAGGGAGAAAGAACUUCAGCUGCAAUCGGACCUGACGGCAGCGUCGACAGAGAUCUUGCGACUCAGAGGGAUGCUGAAGGAAUGCUCUACCAGCGUACCUCUGGACAACAACAAUCAGCAGACAUCAACCGUUUAAAAAUGAAAAGAAAAUUGCUGACGGACGAUUUACCACCUCUUUGUAGAAAGACAAAGAAACAAACUACUAUACCCUGUAGCCGAUACAUGAUAUCUACAUCCGUUUUAGGUACUGUCGCUUAUUAGAGCCUUGGUCUGAUCCAACUAGCUAUUAGAGAUAAUGUGUAGAUGAGUUCGGAUUCCGAGGUAAUAAUAAUCAUCGUCACCAAUGUUUAUUAUUAUUAAUAUUACCAGAAAUGAUUUACCACCAGCGGAUAGCAGAUGGUUUUGCAGCAUACGAGGAUCAUUGAUAACUGUACAAAUUUUAGGCAUUUAAGCACCGUAACGAUGGCACAAAUUAUUAGGCAAGGGACUUUUGGGCAAUGGUGGUCUGAGUACCAGCCCGCUACUAUGCUUUGAGGAUUAUUUUAUAAUUUCAAGCCAGGUCGACAGAGUAACAUUUGAAUUAGAGGAUUGAUUUUGUUGCCGCGGUGUACCUACUCCGCAGUCAAGGGUUCCCGUCUACGACGGAAACUCUUGAAGGUAUAAAUGCAGAAUAUUUAUAAAUUAAUUUAUUAAUAGUUAUAGGAUACCCAUUAGCGGUCAGUGUUUAGAUAAAUAUUUAAAAGUCUAUUGUUAUUAUAUGAAAAAAAAAAAAAAAAAAUGUUGAGUCAACACUUAGAAAAGAGAAAAGGAAUACCUAAUUAAGUCAAAAACAUAGAUUACUAUGGAUAAGUACUAAGAUGAUAUAAUAACAUAUGCCAAAUUUAUUUUAACAAAAAAAAAAAAAAAUUAAAAUAAAGCUGAAGCUGCUUAGAGUUACCAGCUUAUUUUGUUCACGCAUGCAAUAUGUUGUACUAUUACCUAUUUCUUUUCGUUCACUGUUACACGUUUUCUUUCUCUUUACCUGAAUAAGAUAUCAGUUCGUCUUACAAAAGUAUUCUACUUUUACGGUAACAAUAUGUUUUAUAAUCAUUAGUGAAAUAUCUUUGUACAAUAUUUUUAAUGUUUUGAAACAAAAGAGAAAAAAAUAACUCAUUAUUAAAGAUCUUUCAUUAGCUUUUGUUAAGGAUUAGAUGAUUGUUUGCUAACGUUAACAGUUUUUUUGUAGAUUAGCUGAACCAAAUCGUUUAGUUCAUAGAUUCAUCUGCAUUAUUAAUUAUUAUAUUACUAUACUGCAUCUUAUGCCACCAAUGUAUAUACUAUUUUUAUUUCUAUUAUUAUGAAUAAUAUUGUUAUUUUCAAUAUUAUUAUUAUUACCGCUACUAAAUUUAGGUUUUAGAUUCAACUAACUCAUAACAAUACCAAAGUUUAAUGUAGUAACAUCACUUUCUUUGUUUCCUACAUUCCCGUUAUGGCUACGCCUAUACUCGUCUGUAUUAAUCUAUACCCUGAUUCUUGUAAAACUUCCGACCGAUUGGUUAUUCGAUUAAAAAUUCCAUUUCAUAAAUAAUUAUGCCGUCAAUUAUGUAACAUUCGUAAAUUUUAGCACAAUUAAUAUUAUUACCUCUGACUUCCAUUCGAAUUUGAACAUGUGUAACUUGGAUUUUACAUCAGCGCAAUUCAUAGACUAACGAUAUCCCGCUAUUUCUGAUUUAUUGAAGCAUAGAAAAACAUCACACGUACAAUAACUGUAAAUAUAAGUAAGGUUUGUUUCAGGUACCGUGCGGUAUUUUAUAAAAAUUUGAUUGUCGCAAAUUUUCGUUGUAUUAUCAUUUUAUUUUGAAUAAUUUUCCUUUUUUUUUUCUUUUCUUUUAGCCGCAUCGGUCCACAUAAUUCGAUAAGCUGUACCCAUGCAGUAUAUGUUAUUUCGAAAAAUGUAAAUAUGUAAGGAAAUGUUCCGUUGUAGCUUUUUGGGUGAAAACUAAGGGAUGGGAAAAAGAGAGAGAAAAGAAAAAAAUACAACAUUAAGAAGCAAGAUCUCCUUACCGAAAGCUUGAACUUAGUUUACCAUUUCUAGUGUGAUUUCUACGCUCGCCUUGCAGAAUCAAAGAAAGAUUACCUAUAUGAAAAAUAAAAUAAAAUAUAUAACGCAUUAUAUUAUGAGAAAGUAUACUACUACAUAUUAUAUACACAUAUACAUAUAUUUUAUAUAUCUACAUCUUCUACUUCUAUAUCCUAGGUGAAUCGCAAACGUCUAACACUGACUAAUUAUCAAAAAAAAAAAAAAAAUUAGAAACAAUAUGCUCUAAUACUGAAAUAGGAAAAUACCUACUUUUCUUAUGAUUGGUACACGUAACUAUAAAUAUUUGUUUUAAUUGUGCACACUGUUGGUUCGAUUUACCACAGUAAUAUUGUUCGCCAAUAAAUAAAACGAUGUACGUAAA